CGCCCUUUGUUCUUUUUAUUUGAGAUACCCGUCGAGGCAGUAUACGCUACGGUACCUGCAAACAAAAGAGGCUGUUGUAUACCUCUUCCAUCCUCCCCUGAUGUCUCGAAGAUGGCCUCAACAGCCCUCUUCUUCCUCCCACUCCCUCCGAACCAGCCCUCUCCUUCCUCAACGCUGAUCUCGCACAUCUCGCGCUCACUUCCUGCGGAGCCCUUACCACCCUUCUCCCUCGACCACCGCCUCUUCGUGGACACAUCAUCCCUACUCCCCACGGCCGACAUCUCCCAGCGCAGGUCCACCAGUAUCCUGACGCUCUCGCACAGCCCGCAGACAACAUUCAUCGGCACGGUCCUGCCCAAAGACAAAUCCCAAGCUCAACCUACAGAGCAGCCUGUCCCGCUAUCACUAUCACUCACAGCCAUUCCCGCUUCCACCGCCGACACAUUCACCCAGCUCAUCGGGACUAAAUUGCAACCUCAGUGGGCUCAUCGGCAAUCUCUUGUCGUCGAGAACGGCACGGCGCUCGCACUGCACAAUGGAGAAUGGACAAUCCGCCUAGGCGAUCUCAAGGCGCCGCCUCGUGCGAAUCAGCCCGUCAGUAUAAGGGGCAUGUUAUUGGAAAUAUCGUACAACGCCGAGUCAGGACCGACCAACGAGACCAAUGGUGCAACUGCGAGUGCGAGUGUGAGCAAGGAGGACGAGACACUUGUCCGCGGCGUGGUUGACGCGCUGACCGAAGGCACCGGCAUAUCACUAGCGAAUAGUCGAGUCUUCUUUGGCCGGACCCAACGCGAAGAAAAUGGCAAAGUUGCACCGGGCACGGUAGACUGGGAACUCGCCAGGCUCUACAUGGACAUGCUCCGAGGUUCUAGGAGUUGAAAGAGGACGCUUCAUAUGGUGGAAGUGCACUAUGAGAACAACACCGAGUGGUCUUAUCGAAAACAGGUCGUUGGGCUAGCAGGUCCUCUACCAAGCUUGGAUAAAAAGUGUGGUCACGCUGUGCUUCACCAAGGAUGCCUCCUAUUGCCCACUUGCCAGCUCGAACACUUAAGACUCCCAAAAGGGUAACAGAGACACUGUGCCCAACCAAGGAAAAGCGAACGGCUCCCAGCCAGACAGCCAGAUCCUCUCUUCCGAUACACGAAUUCUUUUCACCAAGCUCUCGAGUACACCAUUGUCUUCCAACUUGCCACGAUGGCUCUGCCCUGCCGUGCUCUGCUUGGUGUCGUGCUCCAGGCGGAACAACGGGAACGAGAACAUCAGACCAGGGAAUACGCAUCAGGAUUGGCAGCCAGGGGGAUGUUUGGAUGGGAAGAAGAAGGCAUGAGCCUCCUACACCCAUCAGGGAUGAGAUGAUGAUGAGAGGAGAAUAUCUUCGACAAAAGAUAUAUCGCAAGAAUUCCGCCAUUUAUCUUAAACAUGAUCAGAAGAAUUAAUUGUUGGAAAUGACAUUGUCAAGUUAUCACAUCCUAUCGUAUCCAUAACUGUAAUCGUGACAAUCAGC